GAAUGGCGGCGGCGGCUUCUGCGCGCUGUCUGAGCGUCCGCGGCGCCCUUCGUCUGCCUCUGCGGGGUCGGUGGGCGGGCGUGUGUGAGCCGGAACACGGCUGCAGAUUUUAUUCUGAGAGUGUAGCCCUACCAAAGGAUGAAGGAACUGAUGUAACAGGAAUUGAACAAAUAGUCAUUCCAAAGAAGAAAACUUGGGAUAAAGUGGCUGUUCUUCAGGCGCUUGCAUCCACAGUCAACAGGGACCCCACGGCCGUCCCCUACACAUUUCAAGAUGACCCUUACCUUAUACCAACGUCCUCUGUGGAGUCGCGUUCAUUUUUAUUGGCAAAGAAGUCUGGGGAGAAUGCAGCAAAGUUUAUUAUUAAUUCACAUCCCAAAUAUUUCCAGAAGGACAUAGCUGAACCUCAUAUACCGUGUUUAAUGCCAGAGUACUUUGAGCCUCAGAUCGAAGAUGUAAGCGAAGCUGCCCUGAAGGAACGGAUAAAGCUCAAGAAAGUGAAGGCGGCUGUGGACAUGUUUGAUCAGCUCUUGCAAGCAGGAACUACUGUAUCCCUUGAAACAACCAACAGUCUCUUGGAUUUACUGUGUUACUAUGGUGACCAAGAACCUCCAGCUGAUUUUUAUUUUCAACAAACUGAGAAGUCAGAAGAAUUGGAGCAGGCCACGGAGGAAAAUAACAAAAGAGCCAGUGUGAAGGCUGCUCAUCAGGCUGGAGUCACUUGGAAAGCCAGAAACAACGCCGAGAGGAUCUUCGCGCUAAUGCCGGAGAAGACUGCACGUUCCUACUGCACCAUGAUCCGAGGAAUGGUGAAGCACCGGGCAUACACACAGGCAUUGGACUUAUACACCGAGUUACUGAACAGCAGGCUCCGAGCUGAUGUUCACACCUUCAACGCGUUGAUUGAAGCGAGAGCCUUGAUGGCCAACGAGAAGUUUGAGGAGAAGUGGAACGGCAUGCUGGAGCUGCUGAAACACAUGUCUGUGCAGAAAGUCAAACCAAACCUGCAGACUUUUAACACCCUUCUGAAAUGCCUCCGGAGGUUUCAUGCCUUCGGGAGAAUGCCCGCCUUGCAGACCUUGCGUGAGAUGAAGGCCAUUGGAAUAGAACCCUCGCUUGCAACAUAUCACCACAUCAUUCAGAUGUUCUACCAACCAGGGAGCUCUGCAAAAGCACCGUCCCUCAUCAUCUAUGACAUAGUGAAUGAAUUAGCAGGAAAGGCUUUUUCUCCGAAGGACCUUGAUGACGAUAUGUUCUUUCAGUCGGCCAUGAGUGUCUGCUCAUCUCUCAAGGAUCUAGAACUUGCUUAUGAAGUACAUGGCCUUUUAAAUACGGGAGACAACCGGAAGUUCAUUGGACCUGAUCUUCGUCGGAAUUUCUAUUAUUCCAAGUUUUUCGGUCUGCUUUGUCUAAUGGAACACAUCGAUGUCACCUUGAAGUGGUACAAGGACCUGGUACCUUCAGUCUUCUUUCCCCAUUCCCAAGUGCUGAUAGGUCUUCUACAAGCAUUGGAUGUGGCCAAUCGGCUAGAAGUGAUUCCUCAGAUUUGGAAAGACAGUAAAGAAUAUGGCCACACUUACCGCAGCAACCUGAGAGAGGAGAUCCUGAUGCUCAUGGCAAGGGAUAAGCACCCUGCGGAGCUCCAGGCGGCAUUUGCUGACUGCGCUGCCGACAUCAGAUCCACCUAUGAGAGCCAGGAAGCCAGGCAGACUGCUCCCGACUGGCCCGCCACUCCCCUCAACUGUGUGGCCAUCCUCCUUUUACGGGCCAGGAGGACCCAGGAAGCCUGGAGGAUGCUGGGGCUUUUCAGGAAACACAAUAAGAUCCCUAGAAACGAGCUGCUGCGUGAGUUCAUGGACAGUGCGAAAGAGUCCAGCAGCCCUGCCCAGGCCCUCGAGGUCGUGAGGCUGGCGAGUGCCUUCAGCCUGCCCAUCUGUGAGGAGCUCACCCAGAGGGUGAUGGCAGACUUUGCAAUCAGCGCAGAACAGAAGGAAGCCCUGGGCCGCCUGGCUGCUCUGAGCAGCGACAGCGACGGUGACAGCAGUGACAGUGACAGCAGCGACGGGGACAGCAGUGAUGGUGACAGUAGCAAGGGCAGGUGAAAGUGAGGUGGCCUUGGCCACGCUGCCAGAGCGUUCACAGUGGCCCGAGGAAGCAGGAUGUGGACGUGCGGCGCGGUUGACAUGCUGCUGCGCUGGCUGAAGGAGUGACCCCCAGCUGCCACCCUCCCAGCUCCCUCAAUGCCAAACCUGACUCCUGUGCUCCGGAUGCUGGGACUUCCUGGGUCUCGGGGAUAGUCUGGAGCUUCGCAUGCAGUACAUCACGUCAUUUUGGCUUCGUUAACCUGGAAAUGACCAUUUUAGGUUGUGCAGUGGUGUGCAUAUCUGUCAUCCCAGCUGCUGGGGAGACUGAGGCGGGAAGAGUGGGUCGAGCACCCCUGGGUUCAGUCCCCCAGCACGAGGGCAGGCAAGUGGGGGGGGGGGCAAAGUAAACCCAGCGAUUGGUAUGCG